AUGUCAUCCUCUUGGACCCAUCUGAUCCGCUUCAUUGCCGAAGAGGAUGGCCUGAUUCAUAUUGGUCAAGUCGAUUCCGAAAAGUUUCCCGACGUUGGCUUAUCAACAUUUCGAGGCGACAAAAUCUCCGCCAAGCUUAUCAACGGAACCAUUUUUGAUGGUAUUGUCACGGAUAAAACCUUCCAUGUUGCAAAGCUCUUGUCACCGCUCAGUAUGGAUGAAAUUCCUAUCAUCCGCUGCAUGGGACUCAACUACCGCGACCAUGCACGAGAGGCCAAUAUGCCCAUUCCGGAUGUACCAGUUCUCUUUAUAAAGCCUCGAACAGCCCUGAACGGACCUUUCCCAGCCAAAAUUCCCAUCCCGGCUAUUGCUCAAGAUGGAACCAGUGACUAUGAGGCUGAGCUUUCGUUCGUCAUCUCGAAGACAGGGAGGGACAUUCCGGAGGAGGAGGCCUUGAACUAUGUCUUGGGAUACACCGCUAGCAAUGAUGUGAGCGCUAGAGGACAGCAAUUCAAAAACAGCCAGUGGUGUUUUUCAAAAGGUCUUGAUGCAUCUUGUCCUCUAGGGCCGGUCCUGGUCUCCCCCGCAGCUAUCAGUGACCCGCAUAUCCUCCGAAUUAAGGCUAUGUACAACGGAAAAACAGUGCAAGACUCGAAUACGAGAGAAAUGAUAUUUACUAUCCCUCAGAUCGUCUCGUUCCUCUCACGUGGUACCACCCUUGAGCGGGGAACCAUCGUGAUGACUGGCACAGGGCCGGGUAUUGGGGCUAUGUGCAAUCCCAAGGUGGUGUUGAACCAUGGCGAUGAUAUUCGAGUUGGGGUCGAGAAGAUUGGAACCUUGAUCAACGAAGUCUUCUAUGAAUGA